CGGGCGGGGGAGGCGGGCGCGGCGACCGCAGCGCGAGUGCCGGCAGGCGGGCGGUCGCGGAGAUGGGAGACCCAGGGUCUGAGAUACUAGAAUGUGUCCCUCCAGCUGGGCCUGAGGCGUCCGAGUCAACCGUGGAGGAAAACGAAGAUGACAUCCAGUUUGUGAGUGAAGGACCACUGAGGCCUGUUCUGGAAUACAUCGACCUGGUCAGCAGUGAUGAUGACGAGCCUAGCACCUCUCAACGUGAGAGAAUGCCCGAGUCUAAGGUGCCAUCCUCAGAGAGUCGUCGCCCAGAAAUGUGCUCUGGCUGCAGUGCUCCUCCUCCCAGUGGAGACAGCAGUUCCUCCUCUGGGCGCUGCGCCAGCAGUCCUCAAAGGAUGGUUUCUCACCCUUCUUCCGUUGAGAACCCAUUGGAGACCCAGAGAAAUGAUCACAGUAAUUCAGGUAUUAAGAUCUCUGAGACAGAGACACUUGAGCCGUCACAGAAUUACCAGAUUCUGCCUCCAUCUCCACUCCUGGUCCCCCAAGAGUCUUUGGCCUCCUCAGAGGUCAAGGAGGGUUUGCCCGUAGAGUCUCCGGCUUCCCAGCACGGGCGGGAUGCCCUCCUCUAUCUCCAGACACAGGUGGCUGAGAUGUCCCGAGUGAUACGUGACCUGCAGUCCAGGAGCUGCUUCCGAUUUCAUCAUUCCCGGACAGGUGAGGCCUCCUCGGUUCCUUGGGACAUCUCCACCUCCAGAGAAGAACACUUAUCCACCGUCGAAGAAGAGACUGAGUGCAAGUCCCCCUCGGCCGACGACAAAGGGCAGCCAGCUGACCCCAGUCAGUCCAGCUUCACAGGGCUGUUGAAAAGAAUGGAGCAGAGAGGUGUUAUCAAGAGAGUCACCUUGCAGUCAGAAGCAGAACUGUGCGAGGGGAAGCCUGAUUGUGUGACCUCCAAGAAGCGCUUGGUCCCUCCAUUGCAUCCUCUUCUGAGAAUUGCCACUGCGGAGGUUUUUAAAGACCCUGCUGAUUGCCAUCCUUCUUCUUUCAUGGGACACAGGGUGUAUCCUGUGGCCAAGGACACCUCUCCUUUCCAGCCACAUCCCCCAGCGGGGGGCCCCAUCGUCGCAGCACUAGAGCACAGCAGAAGAGGAGGCGCCACGUCGCCCCUGGACCCCACCUCAAAGGAGAUGGAGGCCAUGGGCUGCAGGUUCUACCACGCUGCUUCCAUUGCGGCCCGAGCUGCCAGCUACAUGGCCUACAUGACACAGUAUCAGCGUAAACUCUGGGAAGACAUGGAGGACCUGGUCCAUGACCCUGAGUUUGAUCGUGGAAAGGCACGGUGUAUCAUAUCUGAUGGCAUGGAUGCAGGCCUUUGGCAGCUGUGUACUACCAGGGACAUAAUGGACUCUGUGGUCAGAGUUAUGGCGAUGGCAGUAGACUACAGGAGGCAGGCUUGGCUUCGGCUCACAUCCCUCACAAAGAAGACCCAGGAGAAGAUCUCACACUUGCCCUUUGAUGGCACUUGCCUCUUUGGACAAGAUGUGAAUGCUGUUGUUGCAGAAGAAAACAGUGUGAAAGAAAAUGACUAUAAAGACCACAGUAAAUACUAUAACCAGCAUCGAUACUUCUAUAGUCAUGACCAGAAAGCACAUUACCACAGCCGAGGAUACUCCAGAGGGGACUGGUACAAACCUCGAAACCACCCCUAUAGAUACAGAAAGAGGGGAGACUCUCCAGAACGCCAUGGGUACAAGAAUUAGUGCCCCGUUCAGUCUGCAGUGCAGCCAUGCACGAUGCUCCCUCCCCCACAGGAAACGACACGUGUCUGGGACGACCACAGCUGACAUCGAGUUCUAGACUCUGGGAAUGAAGUAGAUAAUACAGAGACUCAUGCUUUCUUGGCCAUGUGAGCAGUAGAGACUUUCAGUUGGAUUAAACAAAGGUUUGCACAUUAUUUCUAGUCCAAAAUAAGUCUAGAGGUGGGUCCUCAGGAAUCCAAAUCCUUUAAUGAUUAAGGAAAAAUAUAAAGAUUUCUUCCCCCUCAGAAAACUCUCACUGAUAAAUUGACGGCAAGCAGAUUUUGGAUCUGGAAAUAAUCUACUAUUAUCUCUAACACCAGAGGUAGAUCCUUCAUUUUUAGGUCAUCAGUGCUUCCUUGUUUAGGCUUCCAUUUGUCGGAUCUUCACAAAAGAUCUUUUUGUCCACAAAACGACAAAUCUGUUUUAAUCUCUCUGUAUCAGGGUGGUCAGCUCACCAAAUGUCCCUACUACUGUCAAAUCUCUGUAAGACUCCAGAAUCAGCCUUGAAGCUAUAUGUCAAGAACUGGAAUUCAAAUAAAAAUUUGCCAAAUCCAGUCCCUACCAGUGGUGUGGCUGGAUAUCCUAGAACAGCUGUGGGCACCAGCUGGUAGAAGACUUUCCUGUGAUAUCUCUGUGGAAACUUUCACAGUAACUGUCUUCACCGCCCAGAGCUACACAGAGAAUUCUCUGCAGUUGUCACUCCCAAGUCUGUCAAGCAUCAACAGGCUGUGAGACCUGGUCAUGCUGUUCUCGCAGGAUAAUCUGGACAUUUCACCAAGAUGACCUUGACUGCUUUCUAAACGUUGAGCUUGAUGAUUCAUCAAGCUCUAAAUACAAAGAAAAAAAAGAGAGAUUGCACAUUAGUGCCCUGGAAAUCAAGGAUUUUACACCGUCUCGGCAUGCAAAAUAUGAACUCUUGAAAGAGCAAGAAUCCAAACAUGCCUGACAGUCUGGUCCUCUGAUUGUAAUAAGGGGAUGCCAUCAGUCUAGAUUUUACUGAGAAAUCCUUCAGAUUCAGAGUGUAACUGUGGAUGUAGUAAAGAGUACAUUUCACACACUUCCCUUUCUAGAUUCCAUUAGCGAUUUCUUGAAAGUCUGAAGUCAAGACUUCAGUGAUGUGUUCUUGGUUUGUUAGUCCGUUAACCUGGUCACACUCUACCAUGAGAGACAACUUACAAUUUUGUUCCCAGCUCUUUGAGGUACUGUUUCUCCAUCAGACUGGAACUGGCAGCAGAUACCUAAGCUAAACGUCCUGUGGUAUUUUUAUCUUGAGGCAGUGGCUGUGUGGUGUCCCAGCCCUUAGACCCUUGUCUUCACAGCGUGACUUCAGAGAUGGAGAAGAUGCCAAAUUGGAGGGGUCUGAAUACGUCAUCCAGUAUUAUUUGCUUGGCCAAAUAGAAAAAAAUUUUAUCAACAGACUGAUAGUUUUGUAAUGUCUUGGUUUGUUAAGCAUCUGCAUUUUUUUCCAUCUGCUUGACCAUAGUAUUUUGGGUCUACUGUUAGUGGACUCUGACACUGUUUUCACAUUUAUGUGGUUUCUGUUUCUUGCCUGCAUAGUGAUGACUGAUGUUUUCCUGGUGUUCCACUUUUUAAUGGCUUAUUGGAAGGCCAUCCUCUCUCCUUGUCAUAACCACAUUCAGCAUGCUUUUUGUCUGCCUUUCUUCCUUUCCUUGUGUGUGCUGUAGCGGUCAAAGAUGCAUAUAUCCCUACUUGGAAGCUACUUUAUUUUGUCAGAUAAUUUCAGGGAUAAUUUAUAAUUGACUCUGUUUGUCCUAUUGGUAGUUGAAGCUUAAGUUGCAGUCUUGAUAGUCUCUUGGCAAAUUUGGUCAGGGCAUAUCUAGAGUUAACAUUUACCUUUAAUUUUUCUGUACUUUUCACAAAGUUUUACUAACGCUAUUUGAGGCCCGUGCUCAAAGAAGCUGUCUUUCAAACUGAACCCUAGAAGAGCACUGAUAAAUGGCUGAAAGAAACAAAGGCCUGAGAAAUCACCCGAAGAUGAUAAUAGUUCACAAUGUUUGGCCCACUAGCUCAGCGGCCUCACGUGCCCUUGCUGUGAUCUUCUAGUUUCUUCUGUGAAAGGGGAGCCGUGGGAACUUGAGAGAGACAAGAGACCUUGCCACUCCUGGAUGGCUGCCCUAGGCGUUCCCAGUUAGCUGAGGCUUCAUCACAUUGCUCCCGCUUCUCCAUUUCUUUCUGUCCCUUCCCUGAAUUAGGUGCUGGGUCAUAAACUUGAUGGUUUUUGAGAACUCUUAUUUUCCAAAAUUCAAACCAGAAUUAAUGAUGCUAGAAGACCUGACUCUCUGAGACUGCUCUGGCAUUUUCACCUAACCUGCUCUUGCUUUGAAACUUUUUACUUUCAAUCGUGUUUAAAAAAAGACACAAUGUAAAAUUUACCAUUGUAACCAGUUUAAGUGUACCUUGGAGUAGAGUUAACUGUGUUCACUUUGAUGUAUUCCUCCUUUCCUCAUUGUUCAUAGAGCAGCGUUUCUUUUGUCUUCCUUCUGCGUUACCUUUGUUGCUCCAGAGCAACAAGAUUAGUAGCAUUUCUUUCCCAUUCUGAUUGAUAAGCCCAAGGACCUCCAUAGGUCUUCCCUAAAAAUGAAAAAGUAUUGAGAAAUCAUCCUGGUCAGGUAGCUGACUUGUGAAGGAUGCGGCCAUUGCAUGGGGGUGGAGCAGAACGCAGUAGAGUGGGAGCAGCUUUAGUUGUAGGGGAUGCGAUUGCCUGCAGAAGAAACAAUAUCCUUAACCUGUUUUUUUAUUAUUGCUAUUUUAAAGUCUCUCUCUGGCAUACUUGAAUGAUGAUGGUGUUAUAAAACUAAAAAUGGGGACUUGGUCUAAGGGAAACAGCCGCAGUAGUGUUUGGAACUCAUACUUAGUCAGAUAACAGGUUUUCAGGUCAUGUCUGCCAUGUGCAAAGCCAGGAUCCUCCAUCAGGCCAGCCUCUGAUGUUUGAACGAUGCUGGGUUUUCUAGGAGGCCUCUCAGUCAUCACAGGUUGAGUGAUGUGGUGUUCCUGAAAGGGAUGCAUCUAAUGAUCCUUCUUUAAAAUGUCAUUGUUUGACUAGACGUAAAAUGUUUGUGGAAACUAAGAUUUCUCGUGUUUACUGUGUGUACACAGAAAUACUGUUUCCAUUCAUUGUUAUAUGAAGUGCCUUUUUAAAUUUUACACUAUUGUUUAAAACAACAUUUUAAUGUCUUGCAUAUGUUGCUGGUAAUAUUUAUGUGAAUUCUGUAUAGCGAUUUUUUUUAUCUUGUAGUUUAUGCCUCAUCUGUACAAUUGCACUAUCUAAGGGUACUCUCCUUCUGAAUGUUACUUUAUUUUCAUUAUAGCACUGUUGAUCCAUUUCAGAAGGACUUGUAGAGUAUGUCCCCCCGCCUUUAUUUAAAUAACUUGGCAGUAGCUGUUUCAGUUAUUAGUGAUUGGCUCAGUUUCCUGGGCAUUGAGGUAGCUUUGUUUUCUGUCUCUAGGUUCUAGGUUUCUGAUUGAAGCUUUUGUCUUAUGUCUAACCUUGUUCAUAGCCAUAGUAACACAGCUCAUUUGUAAGUGGGUGUGUUACUUGGUAAUAAGAAACAAAGAUAUUUGGAAAAUGCAGUAUAUUUGUUGACACUUUAUCUUUUUUUUUUUUUUCAGACUGUGUAACAGCUUAUCAAUGUAAUUGCAUUUAAACUUAUUAUUGUUGUUAUUUACUGUGUGACAGCUUCUUUAUGCAUAAUUACAUCUAUUUACCUAGCCCUCAAAAUGAUAUUUUGAGGAGAGCAUAAACUCAGGCUACUUGGGUACUAUUUAGUAUAUUACAUCACAUUACAUUACCAUUAUACUAAAAACUUACUGAAUGAUACCUAAGUGUCCUGAUUGAUAAUGUCCUUAAAGGCCUGCUCCAUCCAGGAUAACCUCUCAGGUACUGUAAACAGGAGGUUGGAAUUGGCACAGUCCAGAAUCUCUUCUAGCUAUAAACUUGGAUACAGAAUUAAAUGACAUGGAUGAACAAAGUUAAAUGCCACAUUCAGUAUUCUUGAGGAUACACUUAAUUGAGUGGGAUUCUGGUGAAGGUUAGAAAUUAAGAAUUAGAUCUUUGCAGGAAUAGUUUAAAGACUGCAAUAAUGGAAAAGUUUUUUUUUUUUUUUUUUAAUAGCGUGAGGCGUGUUUUGCCCAGACUUGCACUGUUCAGGUUUCCUUAUCUUUUGAAAUUUGCCAUUUUUAGUGUUAGUAGCUAGUCCCAUAAUUGACUGUCAGAUCUAUAUGCCUCUCCUGCCUGUAAUUACCCACUUAAUUGUUUUUCCAGAUAUAACUAGUUUUGUAAACUGUUAAAAUAUGUUGUGGACUUUCUCCUCCUGGAUGAGUGCUGAGAAUAUUGUUUUAUUAAGUCUUUUUUUCUUGUAUUGAUUAGUGGGGUGGUGUUUUUCUACUAUUCUUUUCGUCUGCUUGACUUUAUAGGAAUGAAAACCUUUUUUGUAGUAGUGUUUGGUGCCAUUGAGAUUACUGGAGAUUAUGUUAGUUUCUGGUGGGAUAUAUCUGGAAGCAAUCACAGGCCAAACAUGUCCUUUAGAUGUUAGCAUCUCAGUUAUUCUUUGUAUUGAUCUUUUCUUCCCCUUUAUGUAAACCUCUUCUUAAAAGGAUGUCUGAUCUUCCUUAAUCUCUUGAUGUACAUUAUAUUUUUUAUUCUGCCAAUCUAUACUAACCAGGAUUUUCAUGUGGUUUUGUAUGUUUAAAUGCAAUGCCUUCAGCAUUAUUUUGAAAGGUUUUCUAGUUCUCUCUUAAAAAUGUCCUUUUUUAAAAAAAAAAGUAGCCAAUUCAGUCUCAUACUACUCUGUGGCUAUUGAACUUCCUCAGUUUUUAAUGCCUUCUUACUUCCUGACAGUACUAUUUUCUCAUUUUUGUAUAGUCUUCAUACACAUGUAUUGCUAUACGUAGUUUGUGGUCAGUUGCAUCUUUUCUCUCUUAACAGAAAUUUUAAGUUCAUCACCGUGAACUUACAGUACAGCUCUCACACAUGAGUCACAGUGUCCAACUGUUUGCAGCCCCAUGGACUGUAGCCCGCCAGGCUCCUCUGUCCAUGGGGAUCCUCUGUCCAGGCCGUUUCCUUCUCCAGGGGAUCUUCCCGACCCAUGGGCUAAACCUGCGACUCCUGCAUUGGCAGGUGGAUUCUUUACCGCUGCACCAACAGGGAAGCCCUGACAUAUUUAAUACCGUAUCUUAAUCAGUUUUCUCUCGGUCGUAAACGCUUGACUGGUUUUGUCAUGGUAGCUGUUUAUUUCAAAUGAUUUGUUGGAUUUUCUGAUGCCUUGUCAAUUCAAUAAGAGUUCUCAGGUUGUCUGUAGUUUCUUUUAGGACUUUGGAGAUCUCUCAAGUUGCAUUGUGUUUUCUGAUAUUCCUGAAUAGUAUGUUUCUUGGUAGCAGUUAUUGUAAAUGCAUUGUAUCUGGCAAUUUAAAAAAAUUCUUUGACCUUAAAUGCUUCAAGUGUUAUCUUGUAGGUUCUGCUGGGGGUCCCUUUGUAAGAAUUUCAUAGGUAUUUUUUCCCCAUGAGCUAUCCUGUGGUUUCUGUUUUCUUUCAUUACCCAUAAAAGUGGCUCUAUCACAGCAUUCAGUUUUAAGGGCUGCAGUUAGACCUCUUGUUAAUUCUUGCAUUUAUCUGUAAUGUCUGUAUUUCAUACGUCUUUGACGUGCUAAAAGAAUUAUGUUUGAGAUCCAUUUAUCUAUACUGCUUUUAUUUAGUGAGGCAACAGUGGUGUGGGUGAUGGGGAAAAAGACAUUUUCCAAGUCUCGAAACACAGUUUUAAAUUUUCAGUUCCAUUAAAAAAACAACAACAUUGAAUCACGGUAAGCUGCUUGCUUGCAAGUGUGUAGCCCAUUCCCUCCUGCCUCGGGUAGAACACAGAGAAUUUGUGAGUCGUCUCAUUUAGAUUAUUAGCACAGCUGGAUGUGUGUGGCUUUGUCUUAUGGCUUAUAACAGCCCCUGUUUUCUUUAACUUUUGACAAAAGUUGUAUUUGACAGAUGUUGGAAGCUCCUUGAUAGUAUUGGGUCUAAAGUGUUGUCUUCCUGCCUGGGAAGGAAGUAGAGGGGGAACCUCCGUCAGCAGAGCUUCUGUGUACCAGGCACUGUGCUGGCCGCGGGGGCCUCUUGAGGCAGAAAUACACCCUUAUUUUGCAGAUGAGGAAGUAGAACUUAUAUUAAACGAUUUGCUCAAGUGGUGGAGCUGAGCUUCGAGUUUCCGCUCUGUUCCUUCAAGUCUCAACUCAGCAUUGUACUCAGUGGCCUCCGUUUGUUUUCAGGGUGCCACUUAAAGCCUUAACCUCCCUGAGAAGCUGAUUUGUCAAAUAACUAGCCUUCUUCUUCCCUGAAUUUUGUGUUUAUGGCUAUACUAUCAUCCCUUAUAACUUGAUGUCUUCAUUAAGUAAUUCCUGGUUAUUUCAUUUACCUGAUCAGAAAUCUUAGCCAUAGUGGACAGUCAUGCUCACACUGAGGUUUUGCUGCGCUGGACUGGGAUGGUUCUGGAUGUGUUGUCUUCUGUUUCGUGGAUUCCUUAUUUGUAUCCCAUUCAUUUUCAGCACUGAUCAUCUCCGCCAUGGUUCUUGAUGGUGUUUUUUUCUUUGUUAUACCUUUGUUAUACUCAUUUUGUCUCAGAUACACACUUAAAUUUUUUAAAAACUGGUGUCUUGAGGAUAUUGGCUUAAUGAAAGAAGGUGGAAUGAUGUUAAGCACGUAGUAUUUGAAUUCCAGAGACCUUGAUGUGAAUAUUAGCAAGUCACUUACUCUCUGAGACUCAGUUUUCCUACUCUCAAAUGAGAUAAUAAUGCCUGGAAGUACUUUGGAAACUUCACAACCUGAUACAAAUUGCCUUUUUUUAGUGCUUAUACUGUUUUUGCCCACAUUUAUAGAUUUCUCAUAACUGUGGGAUGGUAUUGAUACAGAUUCUCUUGAAAGUGUAUUUAAUAGUAUAUUAUAGUUCAUGUCAGCACAUCAUGUUCCCCUUUUUAUGGUUUUUUAAGGCUGAAAUAUUAAGCUGCAUAUUAUACAAGUCCAACAAUGGAUUAAGGUAUUGAGAGAUGUAUUUAAAGUAAAACAGUCUUUUAAGUGCAAGCUAAGAAAUGCUCAUAAUCAACAAUAAGAAAAAAAUUAAAAAGAAUGUAGAAUGAAGAGCUAGGAUGUGUAGGUAUAUGUAUACAAUUUUUGAUGGAUGGUAUUUUGUCUUCUUGUGUCUCUGAUGGAAACAAUCUUUUUAUUUGUGAAACAUCUUCAAUACCUGCUAUAUGCAGGCAGACCCUGAGGAAGGUCUGUGGAUACUGUGAAUUAAUAAGAAAUGGUAUAUUCUCUUCAGAAGAGAAGGAAAUGCCAACACAAUGUAAUUGUCCUGUUAGAGGAAUGCCUGUGGUGAGGUUGGGGCAAAAGAGAGGGCUGUCGGAGGGCUCACGGAAGCUUUUCUUUACCCGAUGCUCGAGCUGCGGCUGGAACGUGACUAGAGAAGAGAGUGGGGCCAGUGGAGGAGCAGGAGCCAGGCGCCAGGGGAGGGUGCCAGUUGCGUGGCAAUGUGGGGACACGGAGUCUGCUGUCAGAGCCGCGGAGAGCCGCCCUAAUGGGCACAGGUGGAGGAGAUCCGGUUGAAGGAAGGAUCCAUUCCCCAUGAGAGUGUACUGGCUCUCACCUGUUCAAAGUGUGCUAAGAUGUACAGCUGUUACUUAGUACGGUCAUCGAGGUGGUCUGCCUAGAAGUUUGUCACUAUGGACAUUUAAUUCCUUUUCUCCCCUAGACGGAGCCGAAGGGAGGCUCUCAGACAGCGCAGCAUUCGCCCUGGAGUGCUGGGGCGCUGACGGCGAGCAGCGGCGGGGGUGAGCCGGGAGCCGCCCCCGCGGAGGCCGCCGCGUCCUUGCGCCUGCGGGGCCAGCCGGGGGCCGCGGUCCCGCUGUGGCUCGCUCCCUGGGCCCAGGCCUGCAGACGACCUCAGGGCGCAGUCGGGGAGAGGGAGCGUGCUUCUUCAGAAUGUAGCCUCAUUGGAGGUUUGAGGUGUUGUGUUGAAGCAGGGCCUGAACCCUGUGCCGCUGGCAUCUCCAGCAGCACCUGAAGGACACUGUCAGCUUCCUUUUUGUCUUUUCCUCUGCUUUGAAUUUCUUUCCCUGUUCUGGUUGCCCCUUUGACCUUUUCUCUCCUCUCCUCAGUUCUUCCUUUUCAGUCCAGCGCCAGAGGUAGAGCAGUGGCCCUCAGGAUUGAAGCAUUGUUAACUCCCUUUUGCUUUGUUACAACUUCAUAGUAGGAGAUACUUAAAAAUUCUCCUAGGUUCCGAGGUGGUUUUGGGGGGGGAUUGGGGAGUGGGUCCUGUAUCAAAAGAGAAUCUGUCGUUCUUCCUGGGAGGGGAACUUUAUAAAUACAGAUACUGGUGAUUAACCAAGACAAGGUAGGAAGAAGCUUAUUGAACAGGUUGAUCAUACUGGCCUUCUUCACCGAGUAGUACUUUACAGAAUAUGGCGUAUCUGUAUGUGUGUUUUAAAACUUAUUCAUAUAAGACGUAUGUUCCAUGUAUUUUGUAAACAAUAGUUUGGGGGUGGGAAGGAAGUUGCUUUGUACAACAGGAUUGUUUCUUGGGUUUAAAGCUUUGCUGCUGGAGUUGGUAAAUAAAUAUUGUACUGCUUUGCUGUGUUUAUUUCUUCUGCUCUGUGUGUAUUUAAAUAUAACAUUCUUGAGAAAAA